UCGUGUUGGGUCUAAAGCUGAAAGCUCCGUCUGAGGAAGACACGCAUCAAGUUCCAAAGACAUUUUUCCUCUUCUUCUUUGGCAUUCCGAAGCAAGAGUUCCAAAGGCAUAGACAAACACCACCAAGUUUUGCGCGCCUCAACAUUCUUAUAUGCAGUCAAAGUCCGGUCGUAUGCGCGCGCCCCCAUGUCCUCCUCCUCCUCUCUCCCCUUCUUCUUGAUCAUCUCCAUCCUUGUUCCAUCAUGUCACAGCUGCUGCACCCGGCGCCAGCUGCUCCACGGAGCCAACUCCUCCAUCACCCACCUGCUCGACGGCGGUGGCGCCAACGUCACCGACGGCCUCAAGCGCUACCUAGCGCGGUUCGGCUACGUGUCUGACCACUCCGGCGACGACGGCGACGGGCACCUCGUGAAGCUGUACCAGUCCACCCUGGGCCUCCCCGUCACGGGCCGCCUCGACAACGUCACGCUCGACCUCCUCGCCACCCCGCGCUGCGGCGUGCCGGACCUCCACGCCUCCGCGCGCUUCGCCUUCUUCGCCGGCCAGCCGCGCUGGGCGCGCGCCCCGGGCCACUUCCUCCUCACCUACGCCAUCGUCGCCUCCCCUCCCUACCAGAGCCUCCCUCUCCCGCGCAAGGCGGUGCGCGCCGCCUUCCGGCGCGCCUUCGCGCGCUGGGCGCGCGUCAUCCCGGUGCGCUUCCGCGAGACCGCCAACUACAACCUGGCCGACGUCAGGGUGGGCUUCUUCGCGGGCGACCACGGCGACGGGGAGCCCUUCGAUGGCCCGCUCGGCGUGCUCGGCCACGCCUUCUCCCCGCCCAGCGGCGAGCUCCACCUCGACGCCGCCGAGCGCUGGACCGUCGGCCGCGCCGACCUCAUGGGCGCCGAGGGGGCCGUGGACCUCGAGUCCGUCGCCACGCACGAGAUCGGCCACGUGCUGGGACUCGCGCACUCGUCGGCGCCCGAGGCCGUCAUGUACCCGAGCCUCAAGCCGCGCACCAGGAAGGUGGACCUCACCGUCGACGACGUCCGCGGCGUGCAGGCGCUCUACGGCUCCAACCCAAGCUUCAGCCUCAGCUCCCUCUCCGAGCCCGACACGUCCGCAGCGGCGGCCACCACAAGGUCGCCCGGGACGACGACGGCGACGCGUACGGCUAUCCUGCUCUCACUCGUCGCCAUCACACUCCUCUCUCCCCCAAACUUUUAUAGGUAGUAGAUAUAUACACUACUGUACACAUGUCUUUAUUAGUUCGACACGAGAGAAACUGGUCAGAAUUUUAUCAGAUAGACCGAGUUUCUCAUGACGAGCUUGCUGGCUUUGAAUUUAAGCAACAAUUUAUAGUGAUGAUUUAAUAAGCAACAUAGAAAUUGAAACCCAA